UGUGCAUGUGCGCUGUUGUCACAGGGACAGAGGGAGGUAACACGGAGUUAAAGCGAAGAAAAAAGAAGAGACAAAAAAAGGAAAGUGUAUCUGAAGACAUGGCAUCGUAAGAUUGGAAUAUACCAAGAACUGUUACGUGCAAUGGAAAUACGCAGAGAGGCAUGCGUGUUAAUGAACAAUGGUGAAACAAAUAUUACAAAUCAAUAACAUAUGCAAUCAAGUCGCAAAACCAACCUACUGAAUCGGAGCUGAAGUCAAAAAAGCAUGGUGUGGUAAUGAUGCAGUGGUCAUCCGAUGAUGUCUAUGAUGUCUCCUCCACCACAUCACCUCCAGUUCACCCUAAGCCCCUCCCAUUUCCGCAGCCUAGUCGCCCCGGAUUCUCAGGCUACACUGACGAUAUCAGCGCCCUGAGUGCUUCUAGCUUGCUGAAGCGUUAUGCUGAGAGGUAUUCCUUCAGCUCCGCUUUACCGGAGCACGGGAGUUUCCUAAGGAGCGAGCAGCAUCAGGAGGCGUGGCCUGUCGGAUACGUUGCAGAGGGCCCCCCUGGUUUAGAUGCAUUAAAGGGGAGCAGAAGUGAUCUUACAGUGCAGCAAUACAACGGCGGCCCUACAUCUCAGGAUUUCUCCUCAUCUUACAGUUCCCAACACCUGCUCCCCAAACCAUCCUAUCUCCCCUCACCAGCGUUUGCCUUACCGUCUGCAUACCUGCCUCCUACACCGGGCUAUGCUUAUCCCCAGCAGUGCGGUCUUACCGCCGGUUACCCCCACAGCACUCCGCCUUUGCUGCCCUCGGGCCUGCACACACCCACGCCUUUGAAUGCCCUCCACGUUCAUGCCGAACCUCCACGCAACAGGAAGUUCGGCUUCGACCAACCCAAAACCGCCAGAGUGUCUCCUUACACAAUCAGGGACAAGAGCGAUCGGCAGAGCGGAGAUGGGGGGAACGUAAACGAAAGCUGCGGGACGGACGUCCAAAGCUACCGCCCGGACAGACUGUCCUCUCAUACCGAUAUUGAGGUAGAUUCUGUCGGCAAGACCGGUAAUGUGCAGCCACUGGAGGCACGGUCAUAUGGAGGUUCAGGACAGUACACAUAUCCUUAAAUUUACUGGAUUAAGUCAAUCAGGCAAAUGUUUUGGUAUCGCUUCUACAGUUUAUAAUAUAGGAAACAUCAGGACAGAUGUUUGGUAGUAGAUCAGUUGUGAACUACAAAUGUGUCUUAUAUGCAUAUUCUCGUUCCUUUGAUUUCUACACCGAUUAAUGUUAAAUCUCUCUACAAUGUUAAUCAGGUAACACAAAUACUUUGUUUCAUUCCUUAUCUUGUCUUUAAAAUCACCUUAUACUCUAUAAUUAUGUUGUGCGGUGAAGCACAUUAUGGUGACAAGCUCUAAUCCACCACACUAACCAAUGAAAUCCAAGCCAAAGACCGAAAUGGUGAAAUUGAAAUGUAAAGCGAAUGAGAAAUGAGCUAUUCUCAAGUGUAUUUAGCAUCUUGGGUCCUCCUUAAAACACAAAAAUGAAACCUGCAUUUUAAAUAUGAGUACAGAUAUGAAUGUUUCACGAUGAUGAUUCGUUAUUGUAAUUCAAAAGUUUCAGUGUCUCUCAAAACACUGAAUCAGUGAUAUAAGAACACUUAACAUUAUAGCAAUAUUAGAUAAAUACAGUAUGAACCCUUUGAAUGUAACUCGAAUUUCCCUCAGGAAUUGUGAAUGAAGCCAUACUUUUUAUCUUAUACAAAAGUUUGAGUUUGACAGAUGUUUUGGUAUUUUAUUGUCUACGUAGCUUAGAUUCUUUGCCUUCUCCGACACGGAUUGAAGCUGUAAAAGAAAAAACUGAAUGUUUUUGUAAAAUCAAUGUUUUUGUCCUUUAUGUAUUACAGAACUGUAUUCAGAAAUCUGGGCUAGUAAACACACUCCUAAUAACAAAAACAAAUGUAUUUUUAAAGAUAAUGGUUUAAAGCAUUUUACAUAUCACAUAGUAAUGUAUCCCAACUUUCACGGUGUCAUUUAAGGCUGCAAAUGUGCUUAGCAGUCUUUCUUCUACUAUUCCCCUAUUGUGACUUUUACUAUGGAAACCCACAGAGCUGUCCCAACCCCCUAAAGCUGAUCACCUUUUGACCUCCACCCAUUCUGUUUUAAAAGAGGUUUGUGAACGAAUAAAGAUCUUUUGUUGUGGUUAGGUAAGCAGGGCAUACACGGAAAUGUACAAACAAAACUGCAAAUUACAGUCCAGCUAAUAUUUAAUGUAAACAAAUUCAAGACACGGUUGGGAAAAUGUAAACAAAUAUCUACCUCAUCUUUAUAAUGCUGUAUGUUCAGAAUAUGCAAUUGUGUGUUAUGUGUCAAUGUCUACCUCAAGAAAAGAUACAUGAAAUAAAGUGUUAUACUACCAAUGCACAGUUUGCUCUUUGGGUCUGUGUGUUUGACCAAAAGAAGGUUUGAAAAAAGAUUCAAGAAAAUACUCCAAUGAAAACUGUUGUAUUUUUCAAAACACAUGUUGUAAGAUUGCACAAUGUAGAAUUAAUGCUAUAACUGUCUCUUUUGAUUACAGUUAACAGAAUUUAUACUGUACUUUAUACUGCAUAUGCAUCAGCACUGUAGAUCCCAACACGCCAAAUGCACAGCUGGUGCUGCAAGGUCACCUUGUCCCCUGUCCAGCAUGACAUUCAGAUAUCAUGAUCUUCAAUUCCCAACAGCAAUCACAACCUUAUGGAUGCGCAGAUGUGUCUCUGGCUCUUCUUUGUUAAGAGUUUUUUAUUCUUUUUUACACUGUUGGUUCUAAUUUAAAUGACGACCUUUAAUGUUACAUUUUUGCACUCCCCCCUCCCCAAGCUCCCUGCAGUCAAAGUGCAGUCGAGUGUGAUAGAUGCUCUUCUUUCCAUCCAUC